AUGGGGCAAGCUAGUGAACGUGGUAUUGAUUUGGAUACCCAAUGCCCACUUUGUGACGAAGAAAUAGAGACUCCUCUUCAUGCGGUUCGUGAUUGUCCCCAUGCUUCUAGUUUGUUUCAAGGUGCCAACCUCCCAUUAUUUUUGGCCCCUACAAGUGUUGCAGAUUGGCUCCUGAAUAGAAAUGCUAAGGUUUGGGAGGGCGAUUUUCAACAAGCUUCACAGAUUGUCCCACUGACUUUGGGUUGGUUGGAAGAAUAUAAAGCUGCUCUUUCUUCUACCCGGUCGGGUUUGGCUGCUAGCCUGAUUCCCAGGUGGAAGAAGCCUCCAAUGGGUUUUGUAAAACUGAAUGUUGAUGCUGCAUUCGAUCAAGUUUCAGGUCACUCGGGUUUAGGUGGGGUGUUUAGAGACCAUGACUGA